UGCGACAAACCACAUCUCUUCUUGUCUUGACCUACCGGACCAGACCAGACGCCGGCUUCCCAUACAGGACAUGCAGUCUGCGCACGAGAUUCACGUUGACCUCGUCAGGCUCCUUAGCGCCACGGAGCGCCUCGUUGCUGCUGGGGAGCCAUCAGCGGAUGGGAGCUGGGAGCACUGGCCGCGGUUCUGUCAGUUCAUCACAUGGCUGGACAGCACGCAGUCUCAGCUGCAAGCAAAGGUGGCAGAGGUUUCCCGUGGAGCCGGCGCCGGCUUGUCGCCAGCGUCCCCAGCCGCGGAGGAUCUCGCUGACUAUGACCGACGCCUCGAGAUUUUGCGGCGCAAGCGAGACGAUCUCGCGUCUGAGGCCGCCGCCGCCGACGCCGCCGCUUCAGUGAAGAACUCCGCAGCAACCGAUCCUUCGGAGCAGCAGCAGCAGCAAGCGACUGCGACUGGCGGCGUUGUCGGCGGUGCUAUUUUCACCCCCCGAGAAGAUGGUGACCGCGUUGUCAGAAGGAGGGAGGCGCGAGGCUCGUCGCGCGGCCGGAAUACCAAAGACAGCAGCCAAGAUGAUUCCGGCGGGGUGUUUGGCGGGCGGCGCCGCGGCGGGAGGGCGGAGGGGGGGGGGGAGCGGGCCGCGGACGAGGCUGAGGCGGACCAGGCUGAGGCGGACCAGGUCGCCCAGGAGAUAUCUAGCAUGGCUGGGAGGCUGAAGGAGUCCAGCGUGGCUAUCAACCAGACCCUGAGGACGCAGACCCAGGUGCUGGAAGACACGGGCGAUGCUGCCAUCCAGAACGUAGGCCGGGUAAAGAGGGAAAACGCUCGGGUGUCGGAGCGGUUGCGCAAGAAACGGGCCGCCAUGUUUGCGUCAUGGUGCAUGAUGAUCACGGUGGUGGCGACCUUCUUCGCAACCUACUUCCUCGUGAUCAUGCCGUUCGAGAAGAGAAGGGGGCCUUUCGUUACCGCCCGCACCUCAGCGUUUGCUCAGGCGGCGGAGCCGAGGGAACGCAUCCCCUCACAGCACGAACAUGUAGCAACAGCAGCGGGAGCCGCAACAGCGGAGGAGAUACAGCGCCGUGCCCAAGAGGCGUACCGUGAAACGGCGCGACGUGCCCGCGGAAGGCACGAAGGCGACAACGCUGCCCACCGCGUCGCCCGGGAGGAGAAAGAGGCGUUUCGUCACCGCCAGGCUGAGAGAAUGAUGGCCGCCAAUAGAGACAGAAAAGCGGCAAUGAAGAAGAAUUCCCAGCAGAAAACACUGGAGGCGGGGACCGACUCUGUUCCGCAACACCGUCGGGAAGAGGGAGCGGAGGUGGGGCAGGUCAACACGCAGGCUGUGAGGUGCAGUGCUCCCCCUCCCGCUUCUGAUGAAGACAGCAGUGGCGGUGCGGGGGCUUUCGGUAGCUGCAGUGCUCCUCCUCCUGAUGAAGAUGGAGAUGCUAAGGCUUCGGCCGGAAGUUGCACCGCGCCUCCUUCCGACGAGGAUGAUGAUGAUGUUACUGCUGCUGCUGCCGAAAGUUGCACAGCUCCUCCUCCUGACGAAGAUUCUGCUGAAGCUGCCGGAGGUUGCACAGCUCCCCCUCCAGGCGAACAUGCUGCUGCUGCUGACACUACGGAUCAAACUGUGCCGGCGGUCGGAGGGACAGAGGCCUCUGCCGCACAGCCCGUGCUCGACCCGGCGGCAAGUGUGGAGGAGCACCGACGAAGGGCGAAUCAGGCGUACGAGGAACGGUCUAGGCGCGAGACCGAGAACCAGGACAGCACAAACGCCGGGCUCCGUCUUGUCGCGGAGGAAAAGGAGAAGUACCGGCAACAACAAGCCGAGAAAAUGCUGCAGGCAGCGAGCGAACGCAAAGCCAUGGCGACCGCGGGAACGGGCAGGGAGGAGGCACAAGCACGGCAGCGGGACGAGGAGGAGGAGGCGGAGGCGGCCUUACAGCCCAGGGCUCUCGGUGCCACCGGAGGCGAAACCGCCAGGGACGACAACACCACCACGGAUGAUAACACGACGGCUGAUGACAACGAUGAGCGGGUUGGAGGUGGACAAGUCGACCGUGCCGGGGGUCCCGCCGCUGAGGUGGCCGAAGAAGCGGACAAAGGAAGCGAUGAUGCCGCGGCCCUACCACCUUCUGUAGACUCUCAAGAGAAUCAUCAGGCGGGGCGUCGAAGGGCGGAAGAGGCGAGGUUGGCAUACGAACAAAACGCGCGCCGCGCGGCGGACAGCUUGGCCAGCCAAAACGCCGGGCAGCGGCUGGUCUCUGAGGAGAAGGAAAAGUACCGGCAACGCCAAGCAAAAAAAAUCAUGGAAGGUGCGGCGAGGAGGAAGCAGCAGCGCCACGAACAAGGCGGCGAAACUAGCGAUCAGCUAGAGCUGGCGGGUGACGGUUCACCGCCUGACUCAGAGACCGGCAGAGAGACUGCCGACGGGACGAUUGGAAACCCCGCUGAGGAUCCCGCUUCGGGAGUUGGGGGUGACGGUGGUGGUGGUGGUGCUACUCCUGCGGUUGGGAGCAGCGAGCGUGGGAGUGACCAGGGAUCAGGCGGUCUCGAUGCCGUUCGCAUGCGGCUGCGCAAGAGCUUGGGGAGCAAGCGGGGGGCAGGAGGAGGAGAAGGAGGAGAGACGUCAACGAACGGUCACGGUAGCCGAAGAGACGAGCUUUGACCUUUGCUGUGCUGAUGAUCUUCCUUGCGUUCUUGCGCCGCAAGGCUACAUCCGGCGACCCUAGGCUCGAGUGUUGUCGUGUCUCUGAGCCGGGCACGGUAAGAUGGUUGUGUGCCAAUUUUGUUUGGAUGAAAAUACAAGUUGUGGCAUCCUUUGUCGUACUUGACCGCCAGGCAAGUUGUGGGAGUGAGAGCUGCUUUCCAUCCGGUGCCUUGUGCAAGAGAGGAACGGGCUUGCUUUCGAAAUUGUUGUGGAGCUUGCAUUUGGUUUAGUUGAGGAUAAAUUAUAGAAGUAGUCUGCAUAGCCUGGGAGUUAAUUCUCUCCGAACCCAUCAUUGACGAAUACAGCACUUGAUCUGUUACUCCCCAAACCUGAAAACCUGAAAAUUCCUAAACCUGAACAACAACUAAUAAAAACUGAAC